AUGUGCCUUGCUCUGUUUCUCUCAACAGGCGGCUUCUCCAUCAAGUUUCAGAAUUCUUCCACAACUCCAACUUUUACAUCCGUUUUGCUCCGUAGCCUUGAAAAGAUCUCCUAUCUCCUUCAUUGCUUUUGGAGCCUCCCUCUCUUGAAGAUACGGCAUGUGGUUGUGCUUGUGAAGGUUGAUGGUGCUCCCGUCACCACUUCCACCUUUCUAUUUCUUCUUCUCCUUCUUCUCUCCGGUUUAGUCUCCAUCUCUCUCCUUAUUGCAGCGGAUUCUUCUUUUUCUCUGAUGUGCUUAAACAGGUUCCCAUGA